AUGGCUUUUUCAGCUGCUACUUAUGCUAAAGGAAGCUUUGGAAAAGUGUAUAAAGUAACCUAUGGAAAUACCCAUGCAGCUCUUAAGAAGGUGCCUUCCACUGUUGUAACUAAACAGGAAAUUCAGAAAGAGAAAAAUAUAUAUCGGUCACUGAAUCAUUCCAAUGUAGUGAAGCUCCUGGCUGAACCCUGGCUGGACUCUCAGGGCAUGUGGAAUAUCCCAUUGGAAUUCAUCUUUGGGAAAACUCUGGAAAAGCUUCUGUUCAGUUCACAAUUAUACAUGGAGCUAACGAAGCCUCUCAUGAUCACCAUUAUCCGUGGCAUGUGUAAAGGCCUCGCUUAUAUGCACAGCAAGAAUAUCGUCCACCAGGACCUCAAGCCCGACAACAUCAUGGUGGAAUACCACACUUACCGAGCUGUCAUAAUUGACUUAGGCCUCGCCAGAUUCCAAAAGAAUGGGCUUUGCUUUGGCACAGAAGGAGGCAAUUUGUGUUACUCUGCCCCGGAGAUUUUCCAAGGGAAACACAGAGACCAGUACUCUGAUGUGUGGGCGAUGGGUAAAAUCAUAGCAGAGCUCCUGAUCGUGCCCAGAGCGAGACUCCCUCCGACCAUCACCACUCUCUGUGUGUAUGGAGCCAUGGAUUUCAUCUUUGCCGCCAGGCGUGGCAUCAUGAGGACAGUGUCGUCUGAGGUGGAAACACGAAUGCUCUUUGUUCAAGAUUACGAAUGUCUCCUGGUGCCAAACGAGGAAGAGGAGGACGAUUCCCGUGCCCUUAGAGUUGCGCUGGGCCAACUGUCGCUGCUGGGUCUUGGAGAGGGCGAGGACGGUGCUCCUGCGGGUGGAGGUGGUGGAGUUCAAGACAGGAGUAACAAUAACCACCACAAUCACAUCCCAGCCGAAUCAGGGAUGUUACAAGGGAAGAACAAGUUGUGCGCCCUGUACGACAGCUCGCCCACCGAAACCAAAGGACGGGGCUGCAACAUAACGGAGUGCGUCCCCGUGCCAAGCUCCGAACAUGUGGCCGAAAUAGUGGGGAGGCAAGGUUGCAAAAUCAAAGCUUUGCGUGCAAAGACAAACACCUACAUCAAGACUCCCGUCCGAGGCGAAGAACCAGUCUUCCUCAUCACUGGCCGCAAAGAGGAUGUGGCCCUGGCCAGACGUGAAAUCAUCUCAGCUGCGGAGCACUUCUCCAUGCUGCGGGCCUCCAGGAACAAGUUGGGCGUCUCUUUCAGUGGAUCGCCUCCUGCGCCGCUACCUGGCCAGACCACCAUACAGGUGCGGGUGCCCUACCGCGUCGUGGGUUUGGUGGUCGGACCGAAAGGCUCGACUAUAAAACGCAUUCAGCAGCAAACGUGUACUUACAUCGUGACUCCGAGCCGUGACCGUGACCCUGUUUUUGAGAUCACCGGCUCCCCUGGGAACGCCGAACGGGCGAGGGAAGAAAUCGAGGCGCACAUCGCCUUCCGCACGGGUGGCCUGCAUGACCACAACAAUGAGAACGACUGCUUGGGACCUGACAGCGGCAACGGGGGUCUGGAGAGCCGCCUGCAGCAGGUGUGGGGGCUACAGGGGGCCCCGCGCAAACCGCUUGCCAGCAGCUACCGCCAGAAUUUCUCAGACGCCAUGGUCGGAAGUAGUGGAGGAGGUGGAAGUGGGAUUUACAGUAAAGGUGACUUUACCAACCAUGGCAGUGGGGACAAGCCAUGCUCCUACUUCGGAUCUGAGGGCACUCAAAGCUGGGGCGAUCCCGAGUAUCCCAAACAGGUGGCAUACUACGCCCAGCAGCGCUCCAAAAGCUUUGGAGGCCUGCCUCUUCCUCUGACCAGACUGUCGCCGGGACUGCCUGAACCGUGUGGCACCGGAAACUCCAACGCUGUCGGGUCUCCUCAUGCCCAGGCGCGCCGCGCCCACAGCGAGCCCACCGCCGUCACCGCUGCAUUCACCGGACGUCUCCCUGUGCCGGAUUCUCCGCCUGCCGUGUGGGCGUCU